AGAUUAUGAGAAUUCAUCAGUGGGGAUUACUUGCAAGAAAUACCCAUUAACCUUCCUUGUAGAGACUGCUCUACUUGUUCACUGUGCUGACAUAUAAUCAGAAUAUAUGCCCUCAAUCUACCCUUGUAUUCUCCUUAUCCAAGUCUAUUUAUAGAAGAGCCUCCUCCAGUUGUCAUUAUUCUAUCUUCUUUGCAAUAUCCAGCAAUGGGGAAUAAUUGCCUGCCUCUCUCAUCUUCUUCCAAGCAAAGCAAAUAUCUGCCCAUUGACACCAUUUUCAAGCUUCCUUCAUCAAGUCCCACUUGGCCACCAGGUGAAGGAUUUGGCAGUGGAGUGAUUGAUCUAGGAGGGCUCCAAGUCUAUGAAACUUCAAAUUUCACCAAAGUUUGGGCUGCGAAAGAAGGGGGUCCAGGUGACCUUGGAGCAACCUUCUUUGAGCCUUCCCAGAUCCCUGAUGGAUUCUCCAUGCUUGGCUGCUACAGCCAGCCCAACAACCGGCGGCUUUUUGGGUCGGUUCUUGUCGCCAAAGAUGUGACAGAUGAUGCAUCAAGAGGGGCGCUAGCAACGCCAAUUGACUACACUCUGGUCUGGAGCAGUGAGUCCUUGAAAAUUAUGGCCGAUGGCAAUGGCUAUAUCUGGCUGCCAACACCACCAGAUGGCUACAAGGCUGUCGGCCAUGUUGUGACCACCUCUCCAAGCAAGCCUUCUCUUGACAAAAUCCGAUGCGUUCGAUCUGAUCUCACCGAUGAAUGUGAGAUAAAAAGUUGGAUUUGGGGACCGGAGAAUGAAAUAAAAUCAGAUGAUUUCGGUGUGUAUAGCUUGCAGCCUAAAAAUAGAGGCACCAACGAGGCUGGCGUACCAGUUGGAACCUUUUUAGCCCAAAACAAUGGCUCUGUUCCUCCUCCAUCUCUAGCUUGCUUGAAGAACAACAGUAAAUCCAACUUAUCUUCCAUGCCUAAUCUAAGCCAACUUGAGGCUUUGGUCCAAGCUUACUCUCCAUGGAUUUACUUUCAUCCUAAAGAAACUUACCUACCUUCUUCUGUGAAUUGGUAUUUUAGCGAAGGUGCACUGUUAUACAAGCAAGGGGAAGAAUCAAAGCCUGUUGCAAUCGAGCCAAAUGGUGCGAAUCUUCCCCAAGGCGGCUCAAAUGAUGGCACGUACUGGAUGGACCUCCCGGUUGAUGAGAGCGCGAAAGAGAGGAUUCUCAAGGGAGAUUUGAACAGCUCCGAGACUUAUUUGCACGUCAAGCCAAUGCUAGGAGCAGCUUAUACAGACAUUGCUAUAUGGAUCUUCUACCCUUUCAAUGGACCGGGCACUGCGAAGCUUGGCCUGAUCGACAUCCCAUUGGGGAAGAUUGGGGAACAUAUUGGAGAUUGGGAGCAUUUGACUCUAAGAAUCAGCAACUUCAAUGGGCUGCUACAGAGUGUCUACUUCUCAGAGCACAGCUCGGGGGAAUGGAUAGAUGCCCCGAUGCUGGAAUUCCUAAAGGGGAAUAAGCCCGUGGGCUAUUCCUCUCGGAAUGGCCAUGCUUUCUACGCGAAGCCAGGCCUUGUCUUGCAGGGGGCUGCUGGGAUUGGGAUAAGGAAUGACACGGCGAAAAGUGACAAGAUGAUCGAUACUGGGGCAAGGCAUUCGGUGGUUUCAGCCGAGUAUCUUGGCAAGGAGGAAAUUGUGGAGCCACCAUGGCUGAACUAUGCUAGGAAAUGGGGUCCAAAGGUUACACAUGACAUCGGGAAGGAGGUCGAGAAGGUGGAGAGUGUGUUGACGGGGGACCUGAAAUCGGCAUUUGAGAGUUUGGUGAACAUUCUGCCUGACGAAGUCUAUAGUGAAGAUGGUCCUACUGGCCCCAAGUUGAAGAAGAAUUGGAUUGGAGAUGAGGUUUGAAGCUUAAGACAGAAUUCUCUCAUACACUAAUUAAAGCCAAUUCAGUUGCAAGCAGAAGUGGCUCCUCUAUUCUUCAGAUCUUUGCUUGCUUUUCACUAAACAAAAGCCUGGUUUUGUGUUUCUGAUUAGUUUCAUUCUUUGUGAAGCAGCAGCAGCAGCAGCUUGGGAUGCUCUUCUGUAGCAUAUAAAGUUUCCACUAUACUGUGAAUCUCUGUGUGUUGUACUUGUCUCUUUUCUCAGCUAAGAAAUGUUUAAGCUUUAAUGGGUAA